AUGGCUGGCGCGCAGUCUGGCGACAAAUGCAUGGACGUUGGCAGUCCAGAGCCGGGGCGUCACCGUCUGCAAACCGCGCCCGAGAUGUCGCACAGCACUGCAGCAUUCCAGCUCACCCACGUCGACCACGUCCUCGCCGGCAUCUCGCCGAACGCGUGGCUCUACGAAAGCAAUUACCGCUCCAUCGAUGGGCUCGCCGAAAGGGCCCUUCACAGAAUCACCCUCUACUUCGCCAGCAGGGUCAGCGAUGAGAUCGCCACCAGGAUUGCCGACCACAUCGCCAAAGGUCCCGCCACCUGUGCCCUCGCCGCCUCCGACUCGCUCUUUCACCGCUCGACUCCCUUGGGUCCUGCGCACAUGGAUGUUCCCUUCCAGCUCGGAAGACCUGACCGGAUUUCAAGGCUAUGAAUUCGAGUGGUCUCCAAUGAAGGACUUUUUUCUGAGCCCAAUCUCCAGUGGCAAUGGUCCCGCGCCGGCCGUGGCGGAUCUCGGCCAAGAUGAGUCAACGAUGAAUCAGAUGGCGCCGGAGAUCACGUGGCAUUUGGGUGAUGCAAAUUUGGUGAGCAUCUCUUCCAAAGUAAUGUUACUUCUACUGCUCUUCGGCGUUCUUGACCUACCAACAAUCUGGGUCGGACAGGAACCACUAGGAAGACUCGUGAAAACCCCUCUUGACCAAGAUCGCAAGUUGUACGACCGCAACGAGUUCCCCGAUUUCGUCGUGCUGUCGCGACAAGCCUUCGAUGCCAAUCCUGAGCUCGCUUCGGCUUGGGCCCAGGAUCACCUCGAUGAUGGAGAGAACGGUGUCCUCGACUGGGAACAAGUUGCCGCGAUUGGCGUACUGGGUGGCAUGAAGAAAAGCGACGACACCUCCGAAUACGAGUGUGUAUUCCCAGCCACGCGAUUGAAACACCACCUGCGCAUGCUCGCUGCCGAGUCACCGAUCCGCUCUCACACGUUCGGCUUCACGCUCGACGGCUCGAUCUUGACCCUCUACCUCCACACCCCAGCGGGUCUGUUCUACUCGUCCGACAUCGAAUGCAACGAAGCGAAUGGGCACCUCUCGACGUUCCUCGAGCGCCUUCUCAGCUUGAAUGAUAUUGAUCUCGGCAAGAUCGCCUCGCCUGGAGGACCCAAUGGCCCGCCGCUGCCAUUCCCGACCGCUGUGCUUCCACCGCGGGUGCCAUCUUUCGCUCAUCACCUCGCCAAAGUACCCACGAUGGGCUCAAUCGAGAUUGAGAAGACGGUCUUUUGCAGUGGAGAGGUCCUCGGGUUGCAGACAUCCGCUUCACGAGUCCGAGCGAUCCGGGACGGACCAGGUGACAAUCGCGAAUACGCAAUGACGGUGUCGUUUGUGGAAGAAGCGCGCUGCGACGAACAUGAUCAGAUCCGGCAGAUGAUUGCCUCGGCAUCACCCCACGAGCGCGAAGGUCUCACAAACUUUGUGGAUGUGCAUCGACAACACUUCACCCUUGUGCCCCACUUCCUCAAAGGCGAUCUAGACGCCGAGAAAUGCGCCGAAAAAUGCGGGCUCAAGCCGAGGGCGAUGGAGGUCACUUUUCAGGAGCGCUGCUUCGAGCCGAUCUGGGCCGUCGACUCGAUUGAAGCGCUGACACGAGCAGUGCUGGGAGCGGUCAAAGGUUCGUUGCGAUCCCGCCUGGGUCAAGGUUAUCCCACUCAUGGCGAAACUGAAUAAGUAAAUUCCUCGGUGCAGGUCUGCGCAGCCUUUACCGAAUGCGCAUCCUGCAUCGCGAUGUCUCACCCGGCAAUAUCAUGAUCGGACCCGACGGUGAGGGUGUAUUGAUCGACUACGAUCUCGCCGUUCUCAUGGACGGCCCUUUUGGAGAAGCUGCGCGUAUGGAACGAGUUGUGAGGCCUCUCCUCGACUCCGCAAUGCUUCGGUGCAAGUCCGCUGAACCAGAGCCCUCUCUUCACUCCUCCACAGGGCACAUUUGCUUUCCGCGCAAGGUAUCUCCUCGAAGAGAGUAGUCGUACACCCCUUCAGCCUUGGCACCAAAUCGAGUCGCUCGUCUAUGUCAUUCUCUUCGUCAUUUUCAAUCGGCCCGAGGGGAGCGGCGACUUGAGUGGAAUGGCCGAAGAUGCCGAGGACGUUUGGAAGCUCUGGAAUAUGGAUGUGUGGGCCUAUCUUUCCAAAGAGGGGCUUAUCCGACCCCCGGUGCAUCGACAGGAAUUUCUGAAACCGUAUUUGGAACACUGGGAGGACAUACCCGAACUUGUCGCGAUACUCGCCAACCACUGUGGCCUCGGUUUACCAUCCGCUUUCACACACGGCGAGGCGGCCGAGGUGCCACACCUUGAGGCAGGCUGGGGCUCGGGUGAGCUUUCUCAUGACCAGCUUGUUGCGGACUUGGAGAACUUCCGGGAGAAGAUUGUACAGAAGAAACAGGAAAAGUGUUUGGAUCCGUUUGUCAGUGUGUAG